CCUAACAGGAAGUGCGACGGCCAGACGAGAGUAUAAACCUGCCAGGAGUGGCCGCUCAUUUCUUCAUGCGCCUGCUCGGCUGGUCCUCUCACAGUCGGCUAUGUGGUCUCGGGGGCUUUUCAGAGUGCGCUGUCUCUGGCUGUCAUGCCUGCUCUUGUUGUAUGAAGGUGCUCAGUGCAAUCCCAUCCUGUCCCUGAAGGAGGAAGGUGAAGACAUCUUUGAAGGUGACUCAGUGACCUUUGACUGCCAGGCUGAUGAUCCUGUUACUUGGGAGUAUUUGUGGUACAAAGAUGGAAGGAUCCUUCAUGAGGACUGGGAUAACAGCAGGGCUCAAAUGAUGAAGAGAGUCACCGUCACCAACAGUGGGGCAUAUCGAUGUUACACAAGGAGGAAGGCUAAUAAAAGUGAGGAAUUUUACAGCAACCCUCUGCAACUGCACGUGUCCGAACUCUUUUCAUCUCCCACUCUCUCAGUCACGCCGUUGAACCCGGUCUGGGUUACAGAAUUUAUCUCACUGCAGUGUCACGUUCACCUAACCGACAAGACCAAAGACACUGCCCUCCAGUACCGCUUUGUCAGAAAUGACACCACAUUGAAAAUUGGGGCCCUGGGGCAGCACAACAUCACAUUGGCCUCACUGGAGGAUGCUGGGAAUUACUGCUGUGAGGUAGCAGCUAACAGAAAUGGCCUUUCAAAAAGAAGCAGCACUGUCUACGUCCAGGUGAAAGCUGGAGUACCAAAACCUCGCCUGUCGGUCAGUCCUUCCUGGACUCGUUUUUACGUCGGAGAAGCUUUGAACCUCACUUGCCGAAUAGAAGACAUCUCCUCUGGAUGGUCCUAUUCUUGGUACAAAGACAAUCAAGAAGCUUCGCUUGACCUCAACAUCAACACUAGAGAUGACAGAGCCGUGUACGCUCUCAGACGUGUGACUGGGUCUCACAGUGGCGAGUAUCGUUGUCGAGCUACAAGGGGCGACCCGCCAUUUCAUUCACAUUUCAGUGAUCCACUUGUGUUGCUCAUAUCAGAUCCCCCAGUGGCCAGUUUGACUAUAGUGCCACAGCAGACCACAUUUCAUACCGGAGAUGGAGUAUCUCUGUAUUGUAUGGUGGAGGGAAGUCCUGAUAAGUGGCUGUAUUACUGGUACAAGGGAAGCACGAUGUCUCAGAUCUCACAGCUUCAGACUCGGAGCCAGGAAGGAAAGAACUACACGGUGGCAUCGGCCGCCUUGUCUGACAGUGGAGAGUACUGGUGCCGAGCCUCCAGAGAAGAUCAGUCAUUUUACUUGGGAUUCAGUCAGCCUGUCCAGCUGCGUGUGAACGAGCGUCCAGCGGCGGUGCUUUCUCUGGUGAUGGGCUGGACUCAAAUGUUUUUAACAGAAGCCGUGACUUUUGAGUGUAACAUCACUGGCAUGUACAGCAAUUGGCACUUCAGAUGGUACAAAGACGGAAAGGCGAUUGACAUCAUUGCAAACAGCCGACUCACGAUUGGCUCCGCAGCUGAAUCUGACACCGGCUCCUAUAGCUGUCAAGGAGAAAGAGCGCAGAAUCCAAAUUACACCAAAAUCAGCGAGGCACGCAACAUAACUGUGUCCGCAUCUCUACCAAGGCUGAGCCUCACUUCACCAGAGACAGACGCCUAUGAAGGAGAAAACUUCUCUCUGACCUGUGAGGUCAAGGGUGGCACACAGGGCUGGAAAUAUGACUUCUUUAAAGGCUCCCCACAUGACGCUAUAAAACAUGACAGUGAACUGAUGGUCUACACAAUCCAGGAGGUGACUGUCUCAGACAGCAACACCUACUGGUGCCAAGCAAGAAGAGGCCCACCAUACCUGAAGUUGAACUUCAGCAACAGUCUGACAUUAAAGGUCCAAGAGCGACCCACAGCCGAGAUCACAUCAGUGCGGGGCUGGAGUGACGUAUUCAAAAACGAGAAACUCGUCCUGCAGUGUACCGGUGACAAGAAAUACGACGACUGGAGCUACUGGUGGUACAAGAACGGCGAGGAGCUUCAAGAAGGACAUGGGAGCGGGAUGGCAAACGGCAACACGUGGAGCAUUGACCUGAUUAACGAGUCACACAGGGGCACAUAUGUCUGCAAAGGUGAAAGGUCAAGGAGGCCAAUGUACACCCAGAGGAGCAAACCGUUCAACGUGACCGUGAGAGAGAAGCCCCCAAACACAGCUCUCAUCCUGAAGCCCCAACAGACCCUCAUAUUUGAAGGUGACGUGAUGACCCUGAGCUGUGAGGUGAAGGACAGUCCUGCAGCUGGAUGGAGAUUUUGGUGGUUCACUAACAGCAAUAAGUCCUCCAUUCCUACCAUCUGCAAGGACGGAAGCCGGGAGUCAAAGUGCACAAUCCAGUCUGUCACUCUGUCCUACACAGCAGAGUACUGGUGUCGAGCCGGAAGAGGGGAGCCUCCAUUUUAUCUGAACUCCAGCCGGCCGGUGGUGCUCCAGGUACACGUGGCAUUUGAUAAGCCCGUCCUGUCACCGCUCACCCAGUGGUCAGUAUGGAUUGGACAGCCCAUCUCUCUGCACUGCAAGACUCAGUUGAAGAACACGGCACAGCGGGGACACCUUCGGUAUCGCUUUUACAGAAAUGGGACAGUUUGGACACAACCGGGGUCCCAGGAGACUUUGACCAUCUCAUCAGCUGAAAUCAGUGACACGGGGCUUUAUAGCUGUGAAGUGGAGGCCAUGGGCACCAAUGUGAAAAAACAAAGUGACACCGUCAACGUGAGAGUGACAGAUCGACCAAAGCUUUUCCUCACAAUGAGACCCUCAUGGCAGACGGUCUACUAUGGAGAGACUGUGACCCUCAGCUGCCAGAUGAAUAUCGAUAUCCCUGGACUGCAGUAUCAAUGGUAUAAAGAUGGCAAGAGAUCACUGGCACCUUAUGCUGUGGGUCACAUAGUGGAGAGCCACAUCUACACCAUUAGCGCCAUCGUGUGGUCUGACCAGGGUGAAUACAAGUGCCAGGCCCACACGGGAAAGCCAUCUAUUCAGUCGUACACCAGCAGGCCUCUUGUUUUAAAUAUAACUGAGCACCCAGAGGUUUCCUUUCUGCAAUGGCCGACAUGGACGGUCCUGUUUGCGGGAGAGAAACUUACACUCAACUGCAGAGUAAACGGAGAUCCUCAGAUUAAGAAAUUCCGGUGGUUCAUGGCGACAGCAAACCAUCUGAGACAAAAUCUGUCCUGUGAAAACAUCCCAGGCUGCUCCAUCACAUUUUCAGACAAGAACCAGAGCGGCCUGUACUGGUGUGAGACGGAAUCGGGAGAGAAACGCAGCAAAGCGGUCAGCUUCACCGUCACGGCCGACAUGGUGGCUCUACAGACUCCUCCACUGCCACUCACAGAAGGUGAUGACGUGACUCUGGAGUGCCGCACUCGGUACCCGACAAGCCACAUGACUAAGGUGUAUCAUGAAGACCAGGAGAUGCAGCCAUCUGUAUGGUACACUCGGGUCAAGAAGGAGCAUGAAGGACGAUACAAAUGUGUUGUGUUCUCCAGACAGACCCUGGUGGCUUCAUCUGAGGAGGUCAACAUCACGGUCAGAGACUUCUUCUCCAGUGUUAUGCUUACCAGCGUACCAGGGCUGUCAGUCAAGGAAGAGGAGAUGGUUAAACUGACCUGUGAAGUGAAGAAUAACAGCUUACAGAAAUUGCCAGUCCAUUACAGCUUUCUGAAAGAUGGCGUGGUGUUGUCGGAGGGAGAGAACAUCACUUACACCAUCAUGAAGAUGAACGAGAGCCAUGCUGGCAACUACACGUGUGUCGCAUCCAUAGAGCAUGACAUCCUAAAGGAGAGUGUGGUUCAGAAGAUCUGCAUUGCAAAACCCUGGUGGCCUAUGGUAGCCUUUGUCGGAGGGAGCGUCCUGGUGGUUCUUCUCAUCAUUCUGGUCUCACUAUGGUGUGUCAAGAGAUACAAGGCAUCAGAGAAACUUGAAGUGGAGGAGACUACGUAUGCCAUUAUUGAAGGGCUGAAAACAGCGAAAGAGGAAACUUCACCUGCUGGAAAUGAAGCAACUUACUCUGUUGGUCAGCAAGAACAGAAUCAAGAUGCCAGUGUGCCAGCUGGGAAUGGAGGACUGUACUCUGCCGUCAAUAGAAAAAGGAAAACUGGCUUUUCGCAGAAAAUGAACGUUGAGCCUGCUUACGCACUAAUCAACCUGAUGAGACGAAAGCGAGACAGGUCGUUGGAGUCCGGGGAUGCAGACCCCAACUCACCUCCCCAUUUAAAUGAACGUAGAGGUCAGCCUGCGGUGGACGGAGCCAAAGAUGUCUACUCUACUGUCAGCGGGAAGACAGCCGGUGUUCCUGAUUCACCAAACGACUAUUACACAGAAAUCGACUUGCAGCCGCGUGGCAGUGCUGCGUUCAUGACCUCUGCGUUCCACAAAGUGAGGAACAACUCCAGGAUGUCCAGACGUAAGAAGAGCCUACGGCGCACAUUAUCGGAGCAUCACUAUGAAGAAAUAUAGCAAACCUCAUCAAGGGAAGACCACCCCAAGAAGGACCUCUGUGUGUAAAACCUGAGCCCUCGGUGAAUGAUGACAUGGAGGUUGUGUGGCUUUCGGAGGGACCGCAGACCAGAACGACCACUUUGUAAGCUAAUGGACCACGUUGGGUGAACGGUUGUGGUGUUGUAAAGGACAGCCAGACAUCAGCACAACUCUUUUAAUGAAGAAGAUGGAACGCAACACGUCCUGCAGACAAUGCACAUGGGGGGCUUCGGGCACCGGCUCCCCUAAGUGAACAAAAUGGAAAUUCUGAACAGCAGAGGAGAGAAGCCGAGGCUUCACAGCAGUGGUCUGCUUCACCCGAUGGCGGUGGGCUUCCUGAUUUUUAUGAGGAGCCGGUGCGGCUCUUUGGAGGUUUGGGCGUUUUUAAAAACCAGCAGCAACGACAGAACCUUCAAAGGCUCAUUGGACCUGACAGUGCGGCGGUUUGGAACGGAGUUGUGAGAGUUUUAUUCACGUGUUUAUCUUCUUCUUCUUCCUCUUCCUCCUCUUUUUCUUUCAGCUGAUCCCAUUAGGGGUCACACAGCAGAUCAUCUUUGUAUAUUCAUGUAAAAUACGCACACACAAUUUUGAACGUUUGACCCCCAGGGUUCCCCACCUCUUUAGAAAGCGUCGUAGUAGAACUCACGUCAGUCAGUCGACGGGCGUACAGUGGUGUGGGCCUAUUGGUGAUUGAUAAAGACGGGCUUUGGCAGUUCUGGGGGCUUCUUUGGGGGGAAAAAAAAAAUGGUGGCAUUUAGGUGACCCUCCUGCUGUCUUCAAGUGCUGACGCCAUCAAUGUUCUUCUGAUGACCCAAUUUUGACCCCUUGGAUGUCCGAUGUUUCAACCCACAACCUCUUUACGAGGAAGCUUGGUCCAGACGUUUGUGAUUGAUUUGUUCGGGUUGGCCGUAGUCAUUCACACGUGGCCAUCGUUAGCAGUACGUUCUUCAAGACGAUUUCUGAACGCUCACAUGACUCAUUCGGCCAUUUCAAGGGGAAUAGCUGCAAUUUUGUGGCGAAUGGCAUCCUGGAGGGCAUCAAGGUUUUGAGGUCUGUGUGUGUAGACCUUCGACUUGAGAUAGCACCACAAGAAGAAAUCGCAUGGAGCGAGAUCAGGCGAACGUGAAGGCCACCCGACAUCAGCUUCCCCGGAAACAUCUCCUGCAAAACUUGCAUGGAUCACCACGCAGGCCGUAUGAGCGGUCGCUCCGGGAAUCCAGCACAUCCAUUUCUUCCAGUUCUCUAGCAUUUCAAUGUCACGUUUUGAAGUGACGGUGACCGUUGCUGCCCCCUAAGGGCCUCCAAUGCCAAAUUCUGCAAUGGCCACCCAAACUGUAGCCCGUGUGCUCGCCGUGUGGGGGUCUCUGAUGAAGUUCACCAGGGUUGGUUUCAGCCCGAUAGCCAAAGUUUUGCUUAUUUACUCAGCCAUUCAAAUGGAAAUGUGCCUCAUGGCUGACGUCACAUGACAAACAUGACAAUGGCAUCUCGAUGAACGGGACACAACUCUCUACGGCUCUGCCAGUCUCUCUUAGUUAGUUCCUGCACUGCCGUCAUUUUGUAUGGAUGGAAAUUAAGAUCCUCGUGCAAAAUCAGAGACGUGCUGGAAAUGCCGAAGGCAUAAGUGCGCUGAACGGCGGGGAGACUACAAAAUGGACGCCCUUACAGCUUGGAAGUUUUCAGGUGUUCAUACAGUCCAAGGGCGGCCUGGAGAUUUUCUGUUCAAUGUUGUCUAAAUUUAGAUUUGUUUUCCGAUUUGGGACGUCACCCUUAGGAGGAACGCUGACGUGCGUCCAGAAGGCGCGUUGUGUGGCGACGAUGGAUUUAUUAUGACAGUGAAAGCACCGGACUAAGGCAUGUGGCCGACUGAAAAUGACAAGAGAUCGCCUAUCAAAGGACCCCAACACCCCAACCCACUCGGCCGCCUCCACCUCACGCAGAGACUUCAUUUUGGCUCACCCUGUACAAGACAACAACUAACAACUGUGACGUGAAAUGAAGCUUCCAUACGUACUGUAAGUUUGCAGUGAAGCAUAAAAUUACGUCCAUCAGAAUGCUUCAGUGACUGGCUGAUGAAAUCCGGCAAACCAGCUCAAUACGGGCGUGGAGCAAUGGAGGGUCUCCAGGGAGAGCUGACUGUACAAAAGUGAACCAAUGAGCGUGCCUCACUCGACGCUCAUGUGACGCACUUUCAAGGGUGACAUUCCCAUACAUGUGGUCAAUUUUUAAAAUAAAUAAAAGGCCAAGCGUCUGAGAUCUGUGUGUCCAGCUGGUUUCUAUGUCUGCCAUUCCAACAGAUGGCGCAUCACAGACAUCCACCGUAAGAAAAGGACAAGUGUCUGUACACCUGUGUGUGAAUCUGGCUGCCAAGUCUUUGUCUUUCCAACAGAGGGAGCAUCACAAACAUUUUUAGCAAUACAACAGAUGGCAACAUCACAAAACAAUAAGUUUGCUUUUACAAAUUCCAUUUAAUAAAUUUGCCAAGAUUU